AUGGAAAAAGUAGAAAUGAUUGUUCUUUUAUAUCGUGCUGAACGUAUUGGAGGUUGGACAAAUGAAGAUAUAUCUAAUUAUGAAAUGAGUGUUUCUAAUUAUUUUAAAAAUAACUUUACUGGCAAAUAUAUUCGAGUACUUUCUAUUUCUACUUCUUAUGCUCAAGUAGAAUUUGACCGUUCCGGCAAAAUUUUGAUUACUUUUGUUAGUGUUGGGUUAAUAAUUAUGUGUUUAGCUUCUUUAUUAAGUAAUUCUUUAUCGGCAACAUUUAUGAGACAAUUCUCUUUUUAUAAAUUCCCCGUUGCUUUAUUUGCCUGUUUAUGUCCAUUAAUGGCUAGUGGAACGGCUUUAGGGUUACUUUUCUUUGCUGGCGUUAGAAAUGCUUCAAUUCUUGGAUUAACUCCUUUUCUUAUUUUGGCUAUCGGAAUUGACGAUGCUUUUUUAAUGAUCCAUUCCUGGCAAAUGGCAACCUCAAAAAGAAGAAAAAAUAAUAUUUUACCUGCAGCUAUUAUUAGCGGGGAUGUAAUUACUAUGGAAGCUGAAAAAAGACUUAAUGAACAACAAAGAAAGCAAAUAGAUUCUUCUUUAGCUAAACAAUUAACUGAAGUAUUAGAAGAAACAGGUCCAGCAAUAAUGAUAUCAGCAUUAACAAAUAUAAGUUCUGACAUUAUUGGGUCCUUUACUGGAUCUCCAGAAAUUACACUUCUUUGUGUUGGCAAUAUUGCUUCUAUAACUGUUGAUUUCUUUUAUCAAAUAACUUUAUUUACUUCUGGUAAUUUUUUAUAUAAGAUUAAAAGAUUAUUUGAAUCAAGUCUUUGUAUUUUAUUUUAA